AUGACCAUGAGCUCCGUGGCCGAGAGCUUGCUGGGGUCCGACCCCUCCAAAGCCGCCUUCCUGGAGCUCGGCCCCCCCCAGCACUACCCGCUACACGGCCUCCCCCCCGCCGGGCACCCCCAGCACGACCCGCCGCCCUUCGCCUCCUACGGCCGACCCGGGCAUUAUCCGUACCCCGGGGGGGCCCCCCCGCCGCCCCACGGGGGUCCCUACCUGCCCUACCCGCCCCCCGGCGCCCCGCACCCCCCGGCCCCCGGCGCCAGGCUACAGGACACAGAGCACGAGAAGCCCCUGGCCGUGCCCAACGGGGAGCUGCGCAUCAGCGGGAAGGGGAAGAAGCUGCGGAAGCCGCGGACCAUCUACUCCAGCCUCCAGCUCCAGGCGCUCAACCAGCGCUUCCAGCAGACCCAGUACCUGGCGCUGCCGGAGCGCGCCGAGCUGGCGGCGCAGCUGGGGCUCACCCAGACCCAGGUGAAGAUCUGGUUCCAGAACAAACGCUCCAAGUACAAGAAGAUCAUGAAGCAGGGCUCGAGUGCCCCCGACGGGGAGCACCUCCACGCUACCCCCUCCCUCUCCCCCUGCUCCCCCAACAUCCCCCCGCUCUGGGACAUCCCCGUGCCGGGAAAAGGGCCCCCCCUGGCCCCCAGCAGCUACAUCAACAGCUUUGGAGCCUGGUACCAGCCACACCCGCAGGACACCAUCCCCCGGACCCCCAUGAUGUGACGGUGCCACCGCUCCAGCACCGCCGGAUGCAGGAGGGACAGUGAGGGGAUGCUCUGCUGCCACCCCCUGAAGGACUGGGAAGCCCAGCGAAGCCCUGGGAGAUCCCAGCGAGUGGAGAAGGAGGAAGAGGAGGAGGAAGGUGACCACAGUUUGCAGGAACCUGGACCACCUGCUCUGUCACGGUCCGAAGUGACACAGAGCCCUGGUGUGCCCACCCCUGUGGGACAGGACUCAGCCUCCAGCAGCAGCCCUGGGUCCCCCCAUUCAUGGACAGGGGGCAGGGGGACCCCAAGAGGGGCUGGGGAGUCCCUGGACCCCCCCGGCUGGCUUUAUUUAUAACUAGUGUCCGUUAUUGUGAGUGCCCCCCUUUAUAAACAGACUGAACUCUGGCUGGUUCUGCUCCUCCACCCGCCGCUGCUUUGGGGUGUCCCUGCCUUGGGGGAGAUGCUUCCAUCCUGCUCCUCGGGGGACCCCACAUCCAGAGCUCCUGGGAGAACAGCCCAGAGGGGCUGGGGGUGCUGGAACAGGGGGCUGGGGUUGUGUCCCCCCACCCCACCCAUCUGUGC